CCAUGCUGUCCCACAGGUUUGUGACAGUACGUGGGGGCAGCCCUGCGGCCCGGUCAGGUCAGAUCCAGCCGGGUGACCAGCUAGAGGCAGUGGAGGGGCGGUCCGUUGUCACCCUGCCUCACAGAGACCUGGCACAGAUACUGAGACGUGCUGGAAACACACUUAGACUCACCAUCAUACCAAGACUUAACCCCAACUCCUCUAGUAUGUCAGAAGGCCCAGAGUUAGACGCUGGUGGCAGGACAAGGAAAGGCCACAGAGGGAGGCCCAAGGUGAGGCUUCAGCAGGACCAGCGAUACUAUAGCGUAGACCUAGAGAGAGGUCCUACAGGUUUUGGCUUCAGUUUGCGGGGGGGCAGUGAGUACAACAUGGGCCUGUAUGUCCUGGGACUGAUGGAGGGAGGACCUGCCUCACGCAGCCACAAGAUACAGGUGAGUGACCAGCUGGUGGAGAUAAAUGGUGACAGUACAACAGGAAUGACCCACAGCCAGGCCGUAGAGCAGAUAAGAAGAGGAGGACAUCGUAUACACCUGGUACUGAAGAAAGGAAACGGCUACGUCCCAGACUAUGUGGAGCUCUCCAGCCUGUCUCUGUGUAUGACCAACUCUAAGCAGGGAGAGCCUUGUUUCUAUGUCAUCGGCAGAACAGAGAAUACGCGACCAUGAUCCCAGAGCAGUCUCCCCCUCCUCCUAUCUCUACCCAGAGGUGCCGG